AAAUUAAAUUACAAAAACGAAAAAAUCAAGAUGGAGGGAAAUCUUCGUCCACUCGCGGCAAACAACAAGCCAUUUGUCUUUGGAGGCAUUUACCGCACAAAGUGAAAGUGUGUGUAUUCAUUACAAUUGUGAACUCAUUUGCAAUAGCCACUAAAAGCGGGUUAAUCGAAAGUGCAGAGUCUGCACUGCAGAUCGUUGUCCGAAUUCCAUUGCAUUUGUAUCCCACCCAUUUGGUCAUUGCACUCAUUCCACUCCGCUCGUCCUUUCGAACAGCUAGAGAUGGCCAGCACUACGAUAGAUUCAUGCUGGACUUGCGGUUAUCGCUAACUUUUAUGGCUACUGAAAAUGGAUUCACCCGAAAUUGUAACUAAAAUUAUUAGUUUUGCGUCAGAUAGCAAUGCCUAUUCACUCCACCGAAUGUGCCCGAAACGAGCCGACGACCAUGAGCUCAGCCGAUGACCGAAGGAUCCCCAUAACUAUACUAUUCCAAGUCCAAAAUGAAUUCGUGUUUGAUUUGUUUCUUACUAAAAUAGAAAGAAAAAAUUUAACUUAUUUUAGAAUUGUGUAACUUAUAGAGCACUAGUCAUUAAAAAUUACUCUAUUUUUGCAUAUCGGAGAAAAUUGUAUUAGAAUUAGAAUUUGAUUUUCUCGAACCUCGCUGCAACAGAAUACAUUAGCGAAAAAUUAACUCACCAUAAGACUGCAUUUAUUUGUUAAUCGGACAUUGCUGUUUUUAACCCCUUAAAAUGAAUGAGGGAAUUGUUACCCUACCCUAGAUCCAUAGUCGCUGGGCAGGUGGCUCCGCUGGUGCAGAGCUUCGUUUCGGGGCACUUGGGUCGCAGGAAUGGCCAUGGCUAUUUCCUGAACUAUGGUUUUAAGUUGACCAGCCGACCACCCUGACGCUUCCGGAAUCCCAAUGCCACCGUCAAGCCUUUGAUCCAAAUGACGUUGCAGGCCGCCAAUGUCCAGGAGCAGCAGUCUCCUCCGGUGGCUUCAUAUCCGACACCGGCCACUCCGGUGGCUGUUCAGUCGCCACCGGACGCAUUAUUGGCUGUGAAGCCUCCAUCGGCUCCUGUCCCUGUUCGAGUGUCGAACUCUUCCGUCCAGCACCAGAAUCCGGAUGCAGAUUCGAAGAUGCCCUUGCCAGUUAUAAUCAAGGAGGAGCCGAUCUCUGUCGACGAUGAACCGUCCGUCGAUAUUAUAGAGGAAAAUACCAGUUCCAGUACCAUUGCCAUCGGCAUCGGGGGCAAGAUCCCAUUUAUAAAUAUCUUCCAAAACCCCAAGAAGUCGUCUGAACGCACUCGGGACAAGAAGCUGCGACAGAACCGCCAGCUGCGCAAGUCCAUGCUCCCCAAGAACGCUCUGAUGGCCCUCAACGAGGUUAAGGGCGUGACCAUCAGCGAUUUCACCAUCGACAGCAAUACCGACGGGGGAUUCACGGCCGUUGUCACUGUGAACUCGACUCAGUACGUGGGCAAGGGUACCUCGGAAAUGACAGCCAAGAUCGCGGCCUGCGAGGAGGCUUGGCGCGAUUUUAUAAUUGCAAAGAUGACCCCCAAGCCGCCCGGUAUUCACAAGGUGGAGACGGAUACCAACGAAGAUGAGGCCGAUGCACCGGAUGAUGAUCUGCCCAUGUUGAAUCUGGCUUCGUUUGCCAUCUACAAGCUGUUCGCGGAGUGGGAGCGCGAGGGCUAUGUCGUACCCGAGAUGCACGCUUCGGCCAAUGCCCAGCGUACGGAGCUACCCUUUGGCUGGGAGACCAUGCACCCGGCGAGCAUUCUUUGCAUUAUGCGCCCGGGACUCAACUACGUGGACUACGGAUUAUCUUGGCACAAGGUCACUUACAUGCAGCAUAUGGGAAUCACGGUGGACAACCAGAAGUUCCACGCCCACGGCAGAUCCAAGAAGAUCGCCCGUCUCAACGUGGCCGUGAAAGUGUGCAACUCUCUAUUCGGCACAAACUUCAUCUAUGACGACAGCGCUUAAGACACCAACUCCAGCCGCAGACUCCAACUGUGACGCCAAAUGCGCAGCUUUAAGAAUUCCUUCUCUGUGAAGGUGAAGAGGCAUAUUAAACAAGAAUUUUCCAAUUUAGCUUGCAUUUGGGACAGCUCUUACUUAUGAUUUUUUAGGUGGGCCGCAGCCGUUUUCAACCACGAGUAAUCUUGAACUGCAAGAUUAUCCGAAUAAUUUUAACGCAAGGUUCCUUGGUAAUGCUGAUUAAUUUUUUCCGUGUAUUUUGUUUUACAUUGUUGGCUUGUUUUUUUUUUUUUUGUGAAAACGCUUCCAUAGAAGAGCAUUUCGGUGGCAGAUUGGGUAUCAAAUAAUAAAAAUAAUAAUUAUGCUUACCAGUGAA